CAGGCAGACAACAAAUAAUAAAGAUUGGGGAAUAUCCACAGCUGAUUUGGGUAUUUUGAGGGCAUUUCUUUGUGCCGGAAAAUGCGACAAGAUUAACAGCUUAAAAUGCCAGUUAAUAUAAAUAUUGGAUUACUAGGUCAUGUAGAUUCAGGAAAGACAAGCUUAUCAAAAGUUUUGUCAAAUGUUUCCAGCACUGCUGCCUUUGAUAAAAAUCCACAAAGUAAAGAAAGAGGAAUUACGCUGGAUCUUGGAUUUUCAGCAUUGUCAAUUGAUGCACCAGACAAGACAGAUGGAUUAAUUCUAACAUUUGUUGACUGUCCUGGGCACAAUUCCUUAAUUAGAACAAUUAUAGGAGGCAAUUUGAUUAUUGACAUGAUGAUUCUUGUUGUUGACAUCCAGAAAGGAUUUGAGCCUCAAACAGGCGAGUGCCUUAUUCUCGGUGAGAUCAAUAAGAAGCCUAUGAUUGUUGUGCUUAAUAAGAUAGACAUGAUUGAAGAGAGUAAGAGAGAUACAGCAAUAGAGAAAAUGACUAAAAAAGUAUCAAAGACAUUAGAUGCGACGAUAUUUAAAGAAACUAAAAUCAUUCCUGUGUCUGCAAUUAAGAAUAUUAAUAUUGAUAAAUUAAUAGAAUUAAUUAAAGAUGAAGCAUGCAAGCUAGAAUUAAGGAGACUUAAUGAUGCACCAUUUUUAUUCGCUUUUGAUCACUGCUUCUCGAUUAAAGGAUCAGGCACGAUUCUAAGUGGAACAGUCUUACAAGGAAGCAUAAAAAUUAAUGACAAUAUCCAAAUCCCGAGCCUUAAAAUUGAUAGAAAAAUCAAGAGCAUGCAAAUGUUCAAAAAGCCAAUCGAAAAGGCAAUUUCUGGCGAUCGUGUUGGAAUUUGUAUCACCAACUUUGAUUCUAAAUUAUUAGAACGUGGAUUAAUAUGCAAUAAAGGCACUGUCGAGACAUCGUACGCAACAGUCAUACAACUAAAUCGCAUUAAAUAUUUCAAACGUGACAUCAAGUCUAAAGCCAAAUUCCAUUGUUCAAUUGGUCACGAAACAGUCAUGGCUACAAUCAUAAUUUUCUCAAAUGAUAGCAAUGAAUUUGAUUUUGAGUCUGAAUAUCAGUAUGAAGACAUGAUAAUUGAGAAUGAUGAUAGGAACUACUUUGCACUUAUUGAGUUCGAACAUCCAGUACUGAUUUAUGAUGAUAUGCUGUUGAUAGCAUCUAAAUUGGAUACGGAACAGACGAAUGUCUGUCGAUUAGCUUUUUAUGGAAAUGUUCUCGUUAAGAAUUCAUCAACUGACAAGAACAGCAACGAAAGUUACCUCCAGAGACUUAAGAUUUAUAAGGAAAAGUCACGAGACGGAAAUGUUCAGCGACUUGUUAACAACUAUGAAAUUAUAGUGAUUAAUCUAUUUAAGAAGGAAACAGACAGGUCUAAAUUCGAGAGAAUGAAAUGCAGCUUAUCAACAGGUGAAGUUGGCAUCAUUUCAGGAUCUUUUGGACAGUCGUCAAAAGUGAAAGUACAAUUUUCUAGUCCUUUAUGUCAGGCGACAAUCGAUUCCAUCAAGAGCUGUAAAAGUGACAUUAAAGUUCAUCUGUCAUUCAAGAAAUUUAUAUUCGAUAAAAAUCAUCGAAUGGUUCAAUAAAUACAUUGAAGGGGUCCCCUUUUUGAAAUUUUCAAUUUUAUCAAAUUAUCGA